AUGCGUCCUCUUCCUAAACCCGAGUGGAUGCCCAAAGGCUACUAUGGCAAGAUACCCAGUAUCAUCACCAGCAUCCGACAGCUUCCCGAAGGUUCUCAGUGGGAGAAUUAUAUCGAGUUUCUGAAGACAUCAGUAGAGAUGGACCUCGAGUCCCUUGAGCUCUCAACACUCCUGAUGCCCCAUAUUGAAUGGGCUAUCAUCGAGGAUCGCGAUACUUUAGACAAUGCCUCCAAGCAACAAGUGCGCGAGAAAUUCUCCGAAUGGACUUCUCAACGAUCUGUUGAGAGGGAUGGCCCCAGAGUAGAGGAGGCAUUCCAGUACGGCAUCCCCAGGUUCCGUUACUGCAUCUACGUUGACCAGAAAUGCCUCGAUACCGUCAAUCAAUACAAGGCCUGA